CAGAGUAACUAGUUGGCUUUACAAACUAUGGAGAAGGAUGAUCCUAAAGUUACAGCAUUGAUGCAACAAGCUGAACUUCUAAGCUCAUUGGCGCAGAAAGUUAAUGAAGACAACACAGAACAAAGCAUGGAGAAUGCUUGGAAGGCAACCUGAUCUCCAUGACUCACCAGAUAGCUCUGAGUAUAGUUCAGGAUCAACCAUCACUCUGGAUCAGUAUGGUGACAGAACACAACCAUCAUUGCCUGAUACUCAGACAGAACAUAAGGAAGGUGCAGAUGAGUUUCUCUCAACGUGUGAUGUCCUGAAAAAUCUUGAAGAGAAUAUGCCCAUCUUGGGGGAAGAAAACAUCAGUUCCCCUAUUCAGGUCACGCCACUGUUCAGAUCUCUAGACUCUAGCAGACAACAUCCAAAGUCUACGGUUCUCUGA